UUCUCAGCUCUGUCGCGCGGUCUGUUGUUACAUGUCUGUGAUGUGCACGGACGUGGCCCACGGAAAUUUGCACUCAACUGUGAUUCGGUCUCGCCAGUUCAGACAGCGCUAAACCGAAAAGUUUAUGGUGGCGCCAUCUUAUAUCAAUGAAUUUUCGCGGUAGAAGAUCUCAGUAUAUGGAGCCUAACCAACAACGGAGUUGCAAUUAACCUAUUCGUGGUGCUGUUUUGUUGUGGAUGAAAUAGAUUUCAGUGGUACUUAAGUGCCGUGAAUCGUUAAUCAACCGAAAUGCUAUCGCAGUCGGAUUAGCGGCAGCCAUGUUGACAUUACAUUCACGUAUAAAAUGGAAUCGAACGGCUUUGUCUUGCUGUCACAGUGGAGGCAGUGUCUGGUAGCUUGUGCAUCAACUUUGACAUUGAGUUCACCAAUCGGCCUUUUUUUCUGCGACAAAGACUUGACGAUGUAUCAUGGUAUCAGCCCCAAGUUAGAAAUCGGCCUGAUAAUAAUUGGUGUAAUUCUCGGAGGAGUCUAUGCCGAUGCUAAAGGACGCAGGUGAUCUAUGAUGAUGUCAUCAUUAUUCGUGUUAUUUCAAAUUGCCUGCUAUAUCUGUGUAUACUUCAAAGCAAGAGACGUGACUGCGAUAGUGAUCAUAAUUAAAAUUGGCCUGGGCUUUACAAGCGUUGUCGUACUUACUUGGAUCUCGGAAAUCACCACCACCAAUAUACGGCAAAUGGCGAUGGUGCUUCCAUUGUCAAUUUACUCCGUCGCAAUAUUCAGUUGGACCUUAACACUUGAACAAUCGCGACCAAAGUUUCAGACGUUUAAUUUUCGAUCCGGUGCUUGUGUUUUGAUCCUGUUCGCAUGUCACACGUGGGUAGUAUUAAACUGUCCUGAGACACCCUAUUACUUGAACUGGAUGGAACGGUAUGAGGAAACAGAACAGUCACUGUCAUUUUACACAGGAUGCAAGCACGUCAGAAUAGCAGAAGAUAUUCCGCAACCAUUAAACGAUCUACGAGCGCAUAGGUAUCGCAAACAAUGGCGAGGAAAACUGGGAGAAAUUGUUAAAAUGGAAAAUUGUCGAAGUCUGGGAAUUAUUUUUCUUCUCAUAGUAGUCAAAUGGGCCACGAAGCAGUCCUACAGUGAGUUACUCCUUGCGGAAGUGGCUAAGAAGAUUCCGGUUUCCUUGACCGUCGCUUUACUCUUGCCGUUAGCGGGGUUCAGUAUCCUCAUGAUGCUAUCGAUCAAUCUAUUCACAAGGAAAAAAUCUUUGUUGGUAGUAACUAUAGUAAGCUUGAUAGCAUCUGUAAUUAGCAUAUUCGUGGAUGAGACUUCUCCGGUACUUGUGAUACUGAUUUUCGUAAAAUACUCAAUUCACUAUAUUUUUGUCGGUGUCGUUUUGGCCUACGCAGGAGUAUCAUUUCCGACUAACAUCAAGGUUCUCGCCAUUGCUUUAAUUAUGAUCUUUGAGGUGCUGGCAAGGAACACAUUCUUCUGGAUCGGGUCUCUGAUAGAGAGAGAGAACUUAUGGAUCUAUUCUGAAGCAAUUACACUUAAAACUUGCAUUGACAUUGGGACACUUGUUGCUGCUGGUGUUUUAAUCGUGAUCUUCAUUCCAAACACCAUUAGGGUGCAGUCUGAUGAUAUGUCGAAAGAUUACGCGGUUGCCUCGACGGCAGAUUUGGAGUUGUCGAGACAGUAAAGAAAAUAUCACCUUGGUUCCCUUGAUGUCAAAAUAUUUUCAAAUUUGUUUCACUGAGAGGAGUUUCAUGCCUGAUUGUUGGAGUUCGAUGUGCCACCAUAGUGUGCUUUUAUUGUGAAAAGUUAGCGUGAUGACUUGUAGAUAGGUUAACUAGCUGGGAAUUAUUAGUUCAGUCUUUUUUCGAGACGUCUGAAAAGUCGUACUAUUCAACGGGACGACAUAUUGAAAAAUGUCCAUGACAUCUUUCCUCUAACUUUAUAUGUAACGUAUGAAAAUAAUUGGCAAAUUAAUUUUGAUUCGACAUUUUUCAACUUUAAUGUAUUCAUCGCGUUUAAUAAAUUCUUCUUCGAUCUGAAAUGGUCUU